AUGAACUGCGGAUCCGAUCGAGAGUCCUAUCACGCUAAAAAAACGCCCGCUUACUCAGUUCCACCACAAAUCAAGGCCGUUUUGACUCGACACUUCACGCUACCUAGGAGUAUUCUUAAGGGUUGCAUCAUGUCAGUGGAGAACGGACACGAGCAAAUUAAAGAAAAUGUUGAUCCAUGUGAAAUAGUUCCCGAAAGAAAUGAGAUCGAAUGGCUCAAAGAAGAAAUUCUUAAAUUCACCACAGUAGUUUCUAAUCCGAGUGUGCGGCUCCACCUUCAAGCGUACUCGUUAUUGUGCAAAGUCAUCAAACAAGCAGAAAAACUUCCGGAGCCAUUUUUCAAAGGAAUUGUAAAAAUUGUCGUCACCGCUUCUGCUUUCCGUUAUUCACACAAGCAAAGUUUUAAGGCCGUAGAGAAUCUUCUCAAUGCCUUGGCUAAACAUGAUUCUGGGGCAACGGGGAGGUCGCUGGCUCAGAGUGUGCAAACACUCUUUCCGCUGACCCCGAACAUAAGCGAUAGCAUCGCUUGUGUUGCAAUUCCUCCUGCAAAAUGGCUUUUGCAACUUUUUCCACGGGUUCCUGAUGCUGUUGUACCUGAACUUAUUUCCGCCUUGGGCAACUUGUCCUUCUACUGCUGUGCAAGUCCGAAAGCGUCUAGGGUUUUUAAAAAGAAAUUGUUGGUGCUAUGUCGUAGUAACGAGCAAGCUACGAGGCUUAAUAAUGGAGUCAGUGAAGUUGGUAAGGAUGCUGCUUCUGCGAAGAAGAUGCUCUGUUUCAUGUCAUUCUUAUUCACGGCUUGUGAUACCGUUGAUCAUAACAUGUUCCUUGAUGUCUUCUCCAAGUCCGUUUUGUUCCCGAAAGUUAAAGCUGAACAGUUUGUUAUAGACAUUUGUAGCAAUGGGCUCAGCCAAAUUUCCUCAUCAACAUUUCGUGAUGUUUUGCUACCUAACAUCAAGAAAUCAUUACUUAGAAGCCCUGAAGUUGCUGUAUUUGGGAUUGUCUGCGCAAUAGAUUCAGUGACCUUUCCGCUUGAUGAGUAUCUCAGUGAUUUCCUCAAAGGAUUCGGUGCUUUGCUGACAUCAUCGUCUGAAGAACUGAGAGAUGCUGCUAUUGCUGGAGUUGUAGCGCUAGCAAAGUCGGGAGAAGCAGCUACUGUUGAAAAGAUUGUAAAUUAUCUUCUUGAACAAUUGUCAGCGGCAAAAACUUCCGAACAACGUGUUGCUCUUUUGGAAGGUGUAGCGAAAUGCGCUAAGGCGAAAAAUGCAAAUCAUGAAGCCUUGGAGAAGAUUGCAAGUGGUGUUGUGACAAGAAUCACUUCUCCCGAUAAAGAGACUCAUGAAAAUGUCGUAACUGCGCAAUGGAUGGCAGCCACUGUUUGGGCAAGAUGGUUGAGUAAUAGUUCACCAGCGCUAACUACUGUUUUUAAAAACGCUCCACAGGUCCCGAUGGUGGCUCGGCAUAUUGGAUAUCGAUCGUUGGCUGAUAUCUUUGCUAGUCGCGGUAUGAAAUCAAUGCCAACCGAAUGUGAGAAACAGUUUUGGCAGGAGCUUGAGGCAGCUUCGAAGGAACCCGUGCAGUUUAUCUGUCUAGCUGCUCUUCUUUUAAAAAGUUGUGAAGUUGGCACUCCAAAUCAUACGAAAGUGUGGGGCAAAGUUACAACUUUUGAUAGUGUUUUGAAGGAUAAACCGCUCGCUGCAAUGUGUGCAGAUGACGCCACCACAUGGGUUGAUCUAGUUGAGAAAGCCGUUCUUGAAAGACCAUUUUCGGACAAGACGGGCUGUUAUCCUCCGCUCAUGCUCAAAUCUCUCUCUGUAUUGCUUUUUUGGCCGGAUUGGCAAGUCAGGAAACGUGCCUCACUCGCGGUUGAACGGAUACUAACCAUUGAAGAGUCUCACUUUGCUGAAGCACUUGCAGAUGUUAUCUUUACAGAAACUAUCAAUGGAUUUUUAGAUCAGACGCUACGAAAAGUGCGGCAUAACCACUCGGAUUCGGCAUCGUUUACGGUACCAGGAGAGUGGUACGUGUUGGUUCUUCGACUACUACUUACUCCUAAAGGACCAGAACUUGAAAGACUGGCGAUCCAUACUUUACUGUUGGCGUCGGUACCUCGUCUAGUUGAAGUUGAUGGUUCUGUAUGGCUACGAUGGAUGCAUACUCAGGCAGAUAGUGAUCGGUGGAUUGGAGGCGAAGUGUUUAGAGAAACUGCUAUUGAACGAGUGCUCAAGUGCUCAGAUCGUUGUGUGCGUGAUAAUGCGCUAAUCACCUUAGUGGCACUCAAUAUUCCUUCACUGCGAAAAACACUCUGGGAGCACAUUGAAAAAAGCAUAAAUGAACUGAAAGUUAAUGAGUAUACAAGAAUUCCGGAGAAGCAUGUGGCUAUAUAUCACUGCCAGGAAGGGCAUUUGUACAAUAUGGAGGUGCUGGACUUUGAUGAAGGUGAAAUCAGUUACAAUAUGAAACGAGAAAACAAAGCGUAUAGCUUCCGAGAACAAGUAGCUGAGAUGCAGCUCAGAAGAGAACUAGCAGAGAAAAAACGGAAGGAAGGCAAGCUGACAACUGCUCAAAAACAAGUUAUGGAGAAGGAACUUAUGAAGGAAAAGGAAAUUCGAGAAGAUAUGCGGGAAAUGUACAAUGUUGCUGAAGCGAAGCUAGAUGAAACCAGGGCCAUGGUGGCUGCCGAUAACCAAGGAGCAUUUGCUAGGCCUGAAAUCCUCUUCAAUUUUUGCAUUCCUUUGACAAGAAGCCAUCUGGUGAGCAGGGAAGCAGCUCAGCUGUUCCUUGCUUAUAGAGACGUAGCGUUCCCGCACACUGAAGAUUACUUGGAUGAAUUGCUGGGUAGUACCGCAUUGCGCGUGAUUGGAUCGCAUUGGCGCGUUACCAACUGGGCAGAUGAACCACUCCCAGCGGCGGUGCUACGCAGUUUACAAUUCUUGAAUGAGCGAGCAUUUGUGGUGGAAACUGGAGAAGAUGAUGAAACGUUCGAAUUUGAAGAUAUCGUUGGCGCUACGCAGUUAACAUUCCUUUAUCCUAUGAUUCGCUUGCUCUUGGAUCCGUCAAAUGGCUACUCGGACGAAACUAGAGAUUCGGUGUUGACACUGCUCCAAAAUGCUAUUCACAAAAGGUUCCUUAAGGAUGGAUCGGUGUUGGAGCUUCCUAUGAAUGAAUAUGCAACUCUACUGUUGACAGAGUAUGCGAGUAGCCUUACUGCUCCGUCCAAGAAGGCGUUGGUGCAGUUGGCUGGAUUGGCUAAUGACACUAUGGACACUGGACCGAGAGUGGUCAAUCUUGUAAGAAGUGCGCUAAAUUAUAUGGAUAAUGAGAGUGGUGACGUGCGGGAAACUGUACUGAAGGUGUUGUCAGCGCCGAACCUACUCACUCGUCUUGUGCUCUCCUCUGAUGACCCGGAAUUCUCAGUUGAUUGCCUCGUUCGGCUUUUCAUUGCCCGCUUUGAUCCCUUUGAAGCUGUAGUUGAAAGAGCAGACGGAUUGUGGUACGAGUCCUCUUUCCAUCUGAAACCAGAAAUGGCCGAACCACUCAUUGAUAAAUGUGUGUCCGAUAUCGCUUUUGUGCGAGAGUCGGCUGCUAAUGCAACGGCAGCCUUUGUUCAAGAGAUCGUCAUUAGCAUGCCUGUAGUUCUGAACAAGAUUGACAAAGUGUACACCGACCUGGCUCAGAUACGCCCUGCGGUGUAUGACGAAGUGGGACGAAUGGUUAUGGAUAGCAAGGACGACUGGGCUAGGAGGAGUGGAGUUGGAUUAGUUCUAGGACGACUAGCUGGACACGUUCGAGUGCAGGAUGCUAUGCGAUUCAUCAAGCUGGUGACUCCGCAUGGAUUAGCUGACCGUAAUGCAGAUUGUCGUAACGGAAUGCGCAGCGCUGCAGUGGAAGUGAUUCGCAAUCAUGGGAAAGAAAUUAUGAACGAAUUGCUGCCUUUUCUAGAAAAUCUAUCUGACGCCACUCCCAAUGGAGGAGAACAUGAUAACUUGCGACAAGGACUGGUUGUACUCCUGGGAACCUUAGCACAGUACCUAGACCCUUCCUCAGACAAAGUUAGAGCUAUUGUGGCUAGGCUCAUGGAAGCGUUGUCAACCCCCAGCCAAGCGGUCCAAGAGUCCGUGUCGCGAUGCCUUUCUCCCUUGGUUCCAGCCAUAAAGGAUACAGUGAAGUCAUUAGUCCAAAAGUUGCAAUGGCUACUCUUCGAAGCUGAUUCUUAUGGCGAACGUAGAGGAGCGGCAUAUGGUAUUGGUGGAAUAGUCAAGGGGUUGGGCGUGGCCUCUCUUAAAGAAUUGGAGCUCUUGCCUUCGAUUCAGAAGGCUCUUCUGGAAAAAAAGAACGUAAGGCAUCGAGAAGGAGGUCUAUUAGCGCUGGAGAUUCUUUGCAGUACCGUUGGGAAACUUUUCGAACCUUAUAUGAUCCAAGCAUUGCCUUCACUUCUUCUCUGCUUUGGAGAUAGCGAUGAGAAUGUCAGAAAAGCUGCUGAGGAUACCGCUGUAGCGAUGAUGUCAUCAAUGUCACCUCAUGGAACGAAGCUUGUUCUGCCAUCUUUGCUCACUGCGUUGGAUGAUGAGUCCUGGAGGACAAAAUGUGCAGCGGCAGAACUGCUAGGUUCUAUGGCAUUCUGUGCUCCCAGACAACUAUCUGCAUGUCUACCGAACAUAGUACCUAAACUGAUAGAGGUGCUGGCCGACUCGUCUUCAAAGGUACAAAGAAGCGGUGAAAAAUCACUGAGACAAAUUGCAAGCGUAAUCAGAAAUCCGGAAAUCUUGGGUGUCACUAAUCAAUUAAUGGCUGGACUGCUUGAUCCUGCUAGCAAAACCAAUUAUGCUCUACAAGCUGUUCUCAACACGAAAUUCAUUCACUACAUUGACGCGCCAUCUCUUGCUCUUAUUAUGCCAAUCGUCCGUAGAGCCUUCGAAGACAGAAAUAGCGAGACCAGAAAGGUUGCGGCGCAGAUUAUCGCUAACAUUUACACCCUCACAGAGCAUAAGGAUAUGGAGCCGUAUUUGUGUGAUUUGGUGCCGGGUCUCCAAAAGUCACUCCUUGAUCCUGUGCCGGAAAUCCGCACAGUAGCCGCGAGAGCUCUUGGAGCGAUUGUCGCGCGAUCCACAGAUGCCACUAGCGAUAGGUUACGCAGUAGCAUUGUACCAUGGUUGAAAGAGAAGCUGGUAUCUCCACAAUCGACUGUGGAUCGGUCCGGAGCUGCUCAAGGUCUUUCGGAGGUACUGGCUGGAAUUGGCGCGGAGCAGCUGGAGUUCGUUAUGCCUGAGAUUAUCGCUGCAACGGAAAGCCCUGAGGUUAGUGCCGAAACUCGCGACGGGUAUAUUCUUAUGUACAUCUACUUGCCUAUGGUGUUUGGAGAGAAAUUCUUGCCAUAUCUACCCCAAAUUGUGCCACCUAUUCUCAAAGCAUUGGCUGAUGAGAAUGAAUAUGUCCGUGCAUCUGCGCUUAAAGCUGGGCAGCGUCUGAUUGCUCAGUACUGUUCACAUGCUCGUCGGUUGUUAUUGCCACAACUGCAAAUGGCUCUCCAUGAUGAGAAUUGGAGGAUCAGACAUGCUGCUGUCACACUUAUCGGAGAUUUCUUGUUCAAUAUAUCAGGAGUGUCUGGCAAAAGUACGACAUCGACUGCAAACGAGGAUGACACCAUGGGUAUGGAACAGGCUGGCAAGAGUAUUGUGCGAGCGCUUGGGCAACAGUGUAGAGAUCACGUUCUGGCUGGCCUUUAUUUGGCUAGAUCCGAUGUUGCUCUCGUUGUGCGACAAGCGGCUGGUCAUGUGUGGAAGAUUGUUGUCGCCAAUACACCACGUACUCUGAAGGAGAUCAUGAAAUUGCUAUUCGAAAUGGUGGUCGAUUCUCUUGCUUCCACUUGCGAAGAGCGUCAACAAAUGGGUGCCAGAUGUUUGGGUGAACUUGUAAGGAAAAUGGGCGAUAAAAUCAUCAACGAGGUUUUGCCGGUACUAGAAAUGAACCAAAAGUCUGAAGAGCUUGAAAAACGUGUGGGAGUAGCUAUUGCUCUUCAUGAAAUCAUGGAUAACAUCACCAAGGACGUCCUUAGCCACUAUCUAGAGAGUUUGGUAACACCAGUUCGUAACGCUAUAUGUGAUCCGUCGCCAGUGGUGCGAUCAGCGGCAGCCGAUACUUUCUCAGUACUGUAUCAGAUGGUUGGUCACGAAGCACUGGAUGAGAUAAUUACACCGCUACUUGAGAAGCUUACUCCUGAAAAGGAAGAUGUUUUGGCUGGACUGUGUGAGAUCAUGAAGCAAAACAGCAGACAAAUGCUACCGUAUUUGCUACCACGCCUUACCCGUCCACCAAUCAACGUCCAUGCUUUGUGUAGCUUGGCUUCUGUUGCUGGUGGCUCACUUUCUCGACAGCUCUCUCGUGUCCUAGAUGCCCUCCUUUCAGCUUGCCAAACCAACGACCAAUAUGAUCCUAUGAUUGAUAGCUGCGAGAAGGUUGUGAUAGCGGUGACUGACGAUGAAGGUGUGCCAGUCUUAGUUGAUUAUCUCUUGAAACAGGGAGGUAAAGGAAAUGUGCCGGCCGUGGUGCUUUUGCAUACGUUUGUUACCAAGAGCGGGGUUAAUCUCAAUUAUUUGGUGGGUGAUCUACUUCCUGGGCUAUUGCACUUGUAUACUUCGACGAACCCACAAAUCGUGGAUCACGCCGUGAACUCCGCAAUAGGGGUAGCACAAGCGUUGGAUCAAAAAGAGAUGCAGGAGACUAUUCCGAUUGUGAAAAAAGCCUUAAACUUCAUGGUAGCUCAAGCAAAGGGCCGUGACAUCCCUGGUUUUGCUCAUCCAAAGGCCCUGCAACCUUUGCUGCCCAUGCUUAGGGAGUCCAUAUUGCAAGGUGGUGUCGAACUGAAAGCCUUAGCUGGAGAGGCCCUUGGAAUGAUGAUAUCUGUAUCCGAUCCUACCGCUCUCAAACCUCAUGUCGUCAAUAUCACAGGACCGCUUGUCAGAGUUUUGGGUGACCGAUACCCACCCAGUGUGAAACUAGCUGUUCUGGAUGCGCUGAGUAAAUUGUUAGACAAGGUGGAUGCAAUGCUACGUCCAUUCUUGCCACAACUGCAGUCAACUUUCCUUAAAGCCUUGCAGGAACCUUCAUCAAGGCCUGUCCGAUUGGCAGCUGGUGGAGCGCUUUCUCGAUUGUUGCGAAUUCAUGUGAAGCCUGAACCUCUUGUUUGUGAGAUCCUGAAGUUGCUAGCGCAUUCACAAGAUCAGGCUCUUCUUGAAACAACUUUCGUGGCUGCUCGUGCAUUGGUUGGCAAACUAACUGUUCCUCUGUCGGAAUCCACAAUCCAAGAAGGAUAUCGAGUUUGCGAACUGCAAUACUUGGUUCCUGUGGAUACGCCUACUGAACUCGACACUUCACUGACUAUGUGUAGUGGAGCUCUAUAUGGAGAGUUGGCUGUUAGGACGAAGCAGUUUUUGAAGAACAUCUUCAAGGAUGUUGAAAGUUGCUCGAAACCGCGAGUUCGUCAAGCUAUGGCUUUUGCUUUGCAGCAGAUGUGUCAGUCUGACGCUGCUGCCGUCUGGUCUAAUGUCCAAUCCGAAUGCCGCUCCGCAUUUCUAGCUGCAUUCUCAGCAGCGGACGUUACUGUUGCCUGUGCUGCUCUGAGAGCUGCUGCUCAUAUUUUAGCAAGUGAAGGAUCGAAACCCGACCGAGAUCUGCUCUCUGCCUUGGGUCGUGCACUUAGCCAUCAAGCAGUGGAAGUCCGAAGAGUUGCAGCAGCUUCUCUGGGACAUGUGCUUCAUUCAACCACUUCUCAGCUAGAGAAUGACCUCUUGAAGCUUAUUGUUCCUCAUCUUGUUAAUGGAGCAAAAGAAAGCAACUCAGCUGUAAGAUCUUCCUCCGAGCUGGCUCUGGUAUAUGCGUUCCAUUUCCAAGAAGGACAAGAAGGCUUUGAUAAGUAUCUUCAAUCGGUAGAAGGUGCAGCGAAAACAGUCGUCAAUGAAUUACAAGCAGCUCUCAGACGUCUGGUAAGAAGCGGUGAUCUGGCAUUGGAACCAAUCUGUAAUAUUCUUUCCGUCCAAUAA